GACAUUAAGACUCAAGAAACCACCUCCGUGGAAACCCACUUGUGGAACCCCAAUCCUUGCAUUGACACCAUGGUCAGCUCCUGCUGUGGCUCCGUCUUCUCUGACCAGGGCUGUGGCCAAGGCCUCUGCCAGGAGACCUGCUGCCGCCCCAGCUGCUGCCAGACCACCUGCUGCAGGACCACCUGCUACCGCCCCAGGUGCUGUGAGUCCAGCUGCUGCAGACCCCCGUGCUGCCAGUCUGUGUGCUGCCAGCCCACCUGCUACCGUCCCAGGUGCUGUGAGUCCGGCUGCUGCAGACCCCAGUGCUGCCAGUCCGUGUGCUGCCAGCCCAUCUGCUGCCGCCCCAGGUGCUGUGAGUCCAGCUGCUGCAGACCCCAAUGCUGCCGCCCCAGGUGCUGUGAGUUCAGCUGUUGCCGCCCCAGCUACUGCCAGACCACCUGCUGCAGGACAACGUGCUAUCGCCCCAGGUGCUGUGAGUCAAGCUGCUGCCGCCCCAGAUGUUGCAUCUCCAUCUGCCAGCCCCAAGCUUGCUGAUGCUCCAGCAGCUCUGGUUCCAGCUGCUACCAACCCUCUUGCUGCAUUUCCAGCUGCUGCCGCACCUGCUGCUGCCUGCGCCCAGUCUGUGGCCAGGUCUCCUGCCACACCACUUGCUAUCGCCCCACCUGUGUCAUCUCCACCUGCCUCUGCCCCAUGUGCUGUGCCCCUCUUGCUGCUGACUCUCUACCUGUAAUCUUUGUCAUGCUGUGAAUGUCCUCACAAGCCAUAAAAUGUGUUGGAGCCAGCCAGCGACUGGGGAGUGGACUUUUACCGGCCAGUCUUCUCUUUCUGAUUUGGCAUUCAGACUUGGCACUCAGUUCUAGGAAAUGACAGAUGAAAACACAUCUGUCACAUAAUUUUAGCUCAGAUCCAAAUCCAUCUAUUUUUGGAUCAGCAACAUCUUCGUUCCUCAUAUACACUGAUUGUGAUCUGAAAUGACAUUGUUUCCAUACGUUCUUAAUAAAGACAGCCAU